AUGCUGAAGAGCAAAGACAGACCAACACCGCGCCCGACGUCCAUGUCGGAGGAACAAAUGGCACAGUACCUCGCCGACCUGCGCAAUGCUCGACCACCCCGACCGUCCGGCGCAAGACCGCCUCCGUCAUCAAAGUACACCACGUUGAAACGAGCGGAGUCAGACGUGGUAGAUACGAAGCCAGCAGACGACGUUUCCAGACCGGCCCUACCUUCGAGCAAUAGUAUGCCUAUCAUACCAGCUCAGUCGCUCUCCCACCGAAGAACAGAGUCUAGCUUGUCGAAACGCAGCAUGUGUUCUGCUCGUGGGCCUUUUGCCGGGCGACCUCUGGUAACACCGCCUGAGCCUGGAGUACCGACAUCGCCUGAGAAGCCAGCUAUACGUCACGCACCCAGUAUGCCGUACAUGGAGCAUGGUAUGCGGUGGAUGGAGAAGCAAGAGGCGAGAUCACUGCGGGAAGCUUUACAAGACAUGGACCUUGAGGAAGAGAAGAAGAUCCACUCGGACGCCCAAGACGAAGCAGCAGAGCUGGUGUGGAAACACAAGUACCCGGGGGCUGCUGCAGCGCCGACUGUCUUUGCCAACCCAGAUCUAAAAGACUAUCGAUCACAUCUACGAAAAGGCAGUUAUCAGCGUAGUCAUAGCCAGGACACCGCUUCGGCAGGACAUCGAACAUCGUCAGAUGGCAGUCAAAGUUCCGGUACCAGUAUCAACAACUCCAGUAAGCGAGUGUCCACGAUCGAUCGACCACGAAAGGUUAGCCCUCCGACCGGUAAUAUGUCUGUGCAGAAGAGGCGAGAGUCGGCCGGCAAGAGCUACGACCAUCUCGCAAAAGCCGUUGAAAAGGACAUUGCCAUCGCUCAUCGUAGGUCGAGCAGCGGAAGCAGGCGCAUCCUCAGUGGAGAGAAGAAGAUGUAUAUGCAUCCCAAUGACAAGAUAUGGGAAGAUCCACAGGAAGACCUCUCAACUCCUGAGAAGAGAAAGCAAGAGCCAGUCGAAGACAGGAGAGAAUCCGUGCCCACUGCAGCAGCAGUACCAUCAUACGUGCGCAAGAACCCAUUUGCUCGUGUCCGAGCACAGGCUGAGAAGCUGGAGCGCUCUAAUUCGGCACCAGUGAUAUCUUCGCUGCCGCCAACGCCUGUACUGAGGCACGAUCGUAUUGAGAUACAGCGGAACUCCCCGAGCCAGAGUCGAAAUCCGUGGUAUGUGUCGAACGAGCCAUUACCGCCAACGCCUUCAAGUGCAAGCGCCCGCGAUGCAGAUGAGGUGGCACCCAAGACGACGCCAACCAGGGAAGGCAAAGAGAUCAGAGGCGACGAUAUUCGUGCUGCGACCAGCAAGGGUCGCAAGGACUACAGCCCAAACUUGCCGCGCCCAACGAUGGUGAGCGAUAAGCCAGGACGGCCUAUUGUGAGCUUUCAGAAGGAUUACAAGCCGAAGGAAAUCGUGAUGGAAGAGCAGCACGCGGGUCCCGCACCAAAGCAAGAGCCAGAACCGUCAAAGCCCUCCCCAUACCAGAUCGCGAAGCCUGCGCCGCCGCAAGUCACUGUGAACCAUGGACCAAUGCCACCAGUUCCGACAAUCAGUGUUCCGGAUGAGCCAAGCGUUCCUUCAAUUGUGCUGCCUGAUGAUGAGCUUCAUGAAGACGCGUCAAGCUCAAGGGAUGUGCCGGAGAUCCAGGUUGAAGCUCUUACAAUCAACGUCACCGUUGCAGACAGCAGUACUGGCUCACCAACACGAAGUAAGAUACCGCAGCGACCAUUGCCGUCUGCCAGACCUUUGCCACGACACGCAGCAACGACACCACUGCCAGCCACCAAAUCAACGCCACACUACACGCCUUCGAUGCGACAAGCUGGAGCCUUAUGCGCGCACUGCGCCUUGCCUAUUGCUGGCCGAAUCCUGAGUGCUGCUGGUCAAAGAUUCCAUCCCGGAUGCUUCGUAUGUCACGAAUGCAAAACCAACCUGGAAUGUGUCGCAUUCUACCCGGAGCCAGAGAGGAAGCGUGAUGAGCGCCUGGAGCGUAUCCACAUCCGACGUUCUGGCUUCAACGUCCCCAUGCCCGAGGAUAUGAGCGAGGAGCAGUUCAUGCGACAAGAAGCCACUGAUGGAGACGACACUCUGCGCUUCUACUGCCACUUGGACUACCACGAGCUCUUCAGCCCGCGAUGCAAGAGCUGCAAGACUCCAAUCGAAGGCGAAGUCAUCGUUGCUUGUGGUGCGGAGUGGCAUGCAGGUCACUUUUUCUGUGCUCAGUGUGGCGAUCCAUUUGACAGCACCAUGCCCUUUGUGGAGAAGGAUGGGUAUGCUUGGUGUGUUGGGUGUCACACGAAUCGGUACAGCUCGAAGUGUCGAAAGUGCAAGAAGCCGGUGACGGAUGUGGUUGUCAAGGCUCUUGGGAGCGAUUGGCAUUCUAAUUGCUUUGUGUGCAUGGAAUGCAACGGCGAGUUUACAGAUGGUCGAUACUUCCUGCGCGGCAACAGUCAAGACCCGGUUUGUGUGAGUUGUGAGGAGAGGAGGUUGAAGGCUUGA